GGAGAAAGCAAACAAUUUUCAGGCCCGCCGCGUCCAGCAAAAAAUAUGAGAAAAAAAUUAUUAAAAUUCGGAAAAUAGGUGAAAGUCAAGGGAAACGCCCUAGAAAGGAUGUUAAGGCUCCCACGUGCCUGGCCUCUCUGUGGUGUUGAAGAUUCAGCCUCUGUCACUCUGUCAGUGAUCGGACACAUCUCUUGUGUCCUCUGCGUGGCUGGCCCGCGCUAAGUCGCCAUGGCCACGGUCACCCCCGACGAUGACUGCCCCAACCCGGCAGAGCACGAUCGAGUGAGGAAGAGGAGGCCAGAGGGGAAAGGGAGGAAAAACUUCCCCUGUCAGCUUUGUGAGAAGGCCUUCAACAGCGUGGAGAAGCUGAAGGUGCACUCCUACUCGCACACAGGCGAGAGGCCGUACCGCUGCACGCACACCGACUGCACCAAGGCCUUCGUUUCAAAGUACAAACUGCUACGCCACAUGGCCACGCACUCACCUGAGAAGACCCACAAAUGUAGCUACUGCGAGAAAAUGUUCCACCGCAAAGACCACCUCAAGAACCACCUGCAUACACACGACCCCAACAAGGAGGCUUUCAGCUGUGCCGAGUGCGGCAAGAGCUACAACACCAAGCUGGGCUUCCGAAGGCACCAGGCUCUGCACGCGGCACAUCGUGGUGACCUCACCUGCCAAGUGUGUCUGCGGCCAUAUCCCAGCACCACCCUACUGCUUGAGCACCUGCGUGCCCAUGCCGGCAAAAGCGCCACGGCUGCAGCCAAGGAGAAGCGGCACCAGUGUGAGCACUGCGAGCGACGUUUCUACACGCGCAAGGACGUGCGGCGCCACCUAGUGGUGCACACGGGCCGCAAGGACUUCCUGUGCCAAUACUGCGCACAGCGCUUUGGCCGCAAGGACCACCUGACUCGGCAUGUAAAGAAGAGCCAUGGCCAUGAGCCACUGCGUGUGAAGGCGGAGCCACUGGAGCCCUCAGAUCCACACCCCUACCUGUUUGGCCACGCCUCUUACUCUCCUCCGCCGCCGCCACUCCGUCCUGAGCUGGAGAGCUACCUUCUGGAGCUGCAGGCGGAGGAGGUGCCGAAGCUGAGUGCUGCUGCAACGUCCUCUGGAGAGACACCUCCAUCUUUGGACUUCCUGUCUCCUUUGUUUAACUUCCUGCCCUAUGGUCAAGGGGCAGGGCCAGCCUUGGGGGUUUCCUACAGCCAGGAGGAGGGGCUUCCUGUGAUGACGCCUUCUCACGACACUCCCGAUCCUCUUGCCUCCAUUCACACGCUCACGCAUCCACACACUCUUUCACAGACACACACCCUCACCGCAAGUUACACACACUCGCCAAGCCUGAAUACAACCACCACCCUGCCUCGCUUUCACCAGGCCUUCCAGUGAUCCAAACGUACACAGGCGCACACACUUAGCUACCAUAGCACUUACACACACCUACACUUACGUGGCACUUAAUUUAAACACACACAAAACACACCAAUACAACACUUAUUACUUAAGUCAGUGACACUUGUUAAAUUAUGCGCCUUUGAAAACAUAUCACUUGCUCAUUUAAAUCUGCUUUUUAGGAGUUAGCAGUAGAAGAUGUUGAGCAUCUGACAGCUGUCAUUCAAAACAAUCUGUCUGGUUUACGAAUGUGUAUGUGCCUUGGUUUGCAGUGAAGUUUUGCUCUCAGACACCGAGUGCAUAUAGCUUUCCCAUUUAGCACUUUGAAUUUCUAGUGAUGUUGAAGUUCCAUCAAAGCUAAACAUUGAAGUUUUUUUUUUAAAUCACUUUGUUUGUUGGCUCACAAGCUGAUGGGUACUGAAAUGCCAGCAUCUGAGUGACUAUACACAGCCAAAGGCAACCAAACCCCUCAGAGCCAGAGUGUGGAUGGCUCAUGUUGUUUUGCCUUUAUUUUUAUUUUUUAUUUUUAAACAUUUUUUAUGGCCGUUUGCCUUCAUGCUGCUGCUCGUUUUAAGGGCCUUAAACUUUACCAGUGCAGAUCUGCUUCUCUAUAUAAAGCAAUAAAGGGAAACAUGGACUGACUUUACGUAAGACUAUCAUGUGUAGACACAAACAGCUCUUAAACACCCCCUUCAUUUCUUUCCCCUGCCGUUUGUCUUCAUUUUUUUUUUUCUUUUUUCUUUCAUUUCUUUUUUUUUUGCUCCUGGACUUUAGACACCAACACAACCUUCAACCUCAUCUGCCAGAAUGCUGUCCAUUGCACUGAUUCUGAUUCUCAUCAAUAAUCAAACAAAAAACAUUCAGUUGUAUGGAUCUGUGCUGUCGCAUCCGAGGCACACGCAGACGUCUGAAUGACAUACGCAGUCUGUGAAGAAGCUCCGUUGUGAAUAAGAUACAUUUCUUCAGAUAGUUUUACAGAGACUAUAGACAGCUCCAGAAGCUGUAAAACACACCUAUGGUUGGCACAAUCCUUUUUCCCAAAACAACCAGCCAAGCCCCUGUACACGUGUUUUUGUGUGUGUGUGUAUGUGUGUGUGUGUGGGCAGGGAUGAUAGAGCUGUGUGCUGAAUGAAUGUUGGGGUUUUGUUGAAUAUACAUUGGGAGCUGAAGGUUGUUGGAUGCUGGAAAGCCUCCUUGUUGGGCAUAUUUUUCAUAAUAGCACUUUCUAAAGAAUCUGAUACCUUGGAUUUGUCAUGUUAUGAAUAUGUAUUUUAUGUUAAACAACCUUUUGCAUAAAAUGUUUAGAUGUCAUAUAUAGCUUUUAGCAGAUUGUUAGCAUAUGUGUGCGU